UGGGUGUAUACAAUGAUAAGUCUAGUGUUGUGAUUGGUGUAUACAAUGAUAAAUCCGAUGUUGUGAAUGGUGUAUACAAUGAUAAAUCCGAUGUUGUGAAUGGUGUAUACAAUGAUAAAUCCGAUGUUGUGAAUGGUGUAUACAAUGAUAAAUCCGAUGUUGUGAAUGGUGUAUUCAAGGAUAUUCUACCUACCGCUGUUCCGCAGGCUAUUGAAGCGGCUGGGGCGACGAUCAUCAACACAGGCAUUGGUUGGCAUGAGGCACGCGUGCCUACCAUUGUCACAUCAGUACCCCGCGCUGCCUAUGCGCUGGUAACGGCCAAGAUGAAGAAAGAAG